CGCUUUUAGCUAUCCAUGACAGCGGCUCAGGGGUGUCGUUGUUGUUGUUUUUAUUAUCUAAAUCGGUAACUUAGUCGCGUUUUAGCCGCCGAGGAGACUCCUUUGCUUUAAAUUUCCUCCAGGAUGAUUCCUACGGAGGAUGCGUCCGCCAGGAAGCGGGAGAUCGAGGAGAAACUGAAGCAGGAGCAGGAGACGCUGUCGUUCAUCCGGGAGAACCUGGAAAAGAGCGAUCAGCUGACCAAAAACAUGGUCUCCAUUCUGUCUUCAUUCGAGAGCCGCCUGAUGCAGCUGGAGAACUCCAUCAUCCCGGUUCACAAGCAGACAGAAAACCUGCAACGGCUGCAGGAGAACGUGGACAAAACUCUGUCCUGCAUGGAUCACGUCAUCAGCUACUACCAUGUGGCCAAAGACACGGACAGGAUCAUCAGAGAGGGACCUACGGGCAGACUGGACGAGUAUCUUGCUUGCAUUGCAAGAAUUCAGAAAGCUGUCGAAUACUUUCAAGACAACAACCCAGACAGCCCUGAGCUCAACACAGUGAAAGCACGCUUUGAGAAGGGGAAGGAGCUGCUAGAGGGCGAAUUCCGCAGCCUCCUGACCCGCUACAGCAAACCCGUUCCCCCCAUCCUCAUCCUGGACGCCAUAAGUGUGGAUGAGGAGCUGGAGGUCCAGGAGGAGGUGGUGCUGGAACACCUGCCCGAGGCCGUGCUCCAGGACAUCAUCUGCAUCGCCGGCUGGCUGGUGGAAUACGGACGUAAUCAGGACUUCAUGAACGUCUACUUCCAGAUCCGGUCCAACCAGCUCGAUCGCUCCAUCAAAGGCCUCAAGGAGCAUUUCCGCAAGAACAGCGCCUCCUCCGGUGUCCUCUACUCGCCUGCCGUCCAAACCAAGCGCAAGGACACGCCAACUAAAAAGGCCCCGAAGAGACCAGGGACCAUUCGCAAGGCUCAGAACCUUCUGAAACAGUACUCACAGCAUGGGCUGGAUGGGAAAAAGGGGGGUUCUAACCUCACUCCUUUGGAAGGUAAAGCACCUCGUCACGACCCCCGGUGGUUUGACUUGGCCUGUCUCCUUGCUGUCCCGCCCCACCCACCAGGUUACGAUCACGACCUGCGGGUCAAACACCUCUCUGACGCCCUGACCGAGAAGCACGGGGCCGCCACAGGAAAGGAUGAUGUCCUGGAUAUCGAGAUCGACUCUUACAUCCACUGCAUCAGUGCCUUCGUCAAGCUGGCUCAGAGCGAGUAUGUGCUGCUGGCGGAGAUCAUCCCCGAGCACCACCAGAAGAAGACCUUUGACUCCCUCAUUCAGGAGGCGCUGGACAACCUGAUGCUGGAGGGAGAAAACAUUGUGGCUGCAGCUCGCCGGGCCAUAAUGCGCCACGACUACUCAGCCGUCCUCACCAUCUUCCCCAUCCUCAGACACCUGAAGAUGAACAAGUCCGAGUUUGAUACCACGCUGCAGGGCACGGCGGCGAGCACCAAGAACAAGCUGCCCACCCUCAUCACCUCCAUGGAGACGAUCGGAGCCAAAGCUCUGGAGGAGUUUGCAGACAGCAUCAAGAAUGAUCCUGAUAAGGAGUACAACAUGCCCAAGGAUGGAACGGUUCACGAACUGACCAGCAAUGCCAUCCUGUUCCUGCAGCAGCUGCUGGACUUCCACGAGACAGCCGGAGCCAUGCUGGCCUCACAAGUACUGGGGGACACUUACAAUAUACCUUUAGACCCCCGAGAGACGAGUUCGGCCACCAGCUACACCUCCGACUUCAACAAAAGGCUCCUCAGUACUUACAUAUGUAAGGUUUUGGGGAACUUGCAGCUAAACCUGCUCAGUAAAUCCAAAGUGUACGAGGAUUUGGCUCUGAGUGCCAUCUUCCUGCACAACAACUACAACUACAUCCUCAAGUCGCUGGAAAAGUCUGAGCUGAUCCAGCUGGUGACGGUGACUCAGAAGCGAGCAGAGACGUCCUACAAAGAGCUCAUGACUCAGCAGAUCGAAACGUACCAGCGCAGCUGGCUGAAAGUCACCGAGCACCUGACAGAACGGAACAUGCCUGUCAUACAGCCCGGCACCAAGCUGAAAGAUAAAGAGCGACAAGUGAUUAAAGACAAAUUCAAGGGCUUCAAUGACGGUUUGGAGGAGCUGUGUAAGAUCCAGAAGGGCUGGGCCAUCCCGGACAAAGAGCAGAGAGACUUGAUCCGGCGCAAUCAGAAGAAGGUGGUGUCUGAUGCCUACAGAGCCUUCCUGCAGAGAUGUGCCAACAUUUCCUUCACCAAGAACCCCGAGAAGUAUCACAAGUAUCGACCGGAGGAGGUGGAGGAGAUGAUCGAAAAGCUGUUUGACACAUCCGCCUGAGGAGUCUCCUCUUCCCUAUGCGCCUCCCCACCCCAAAGAAACACGGGCUCCUACGCCUGAAGGCCCCCCCUCCUGCCCGCGCUGCUCUCAGCCUUGUAGUGUCUAAACAAUGUUUUGUACAAAGACGUGAACAUACGUAUUUAUGUAAUUUAGCCACUCCAGCUCAACAUUUCAGACAAAUAAAAAGGGAACUCUGACCGAACCUGCGUGCUGGUUUGUUGUGAUGA